UGUUUUCUUUCCUCCAGUCGCCCGGCUCCGGGAGGAGCGCGAUGCCCGGAGACCCCCGCGUGGGGAGCGGCGGCGGGCGCCGGCCCCGAUGAAGCCCGAGCGCCCCCGGCAGCGCCGCAGCGCCCCCGGUCCGAUGGCGGCCCUGCCGUGGGACCCUCCUGGCAACGACACGCUGCAGCCCACGCUGACCCCGGCCGUGCCCCCCUACGUGAAGCUCGGCCUGACCAUCGUCUACACCGUCUUCUACUCGCUGCUCUUCGUGUUCAUCUACGUGCAGCUCUGGCUGGUGCUGCGCUACCGCCACAAGCGGCUCAGCUACCAGAGCGUCUUCCUCUUCCUCUGUCUGUUCUGGGCCUCCCUGCGGACCAUCCUAUUCUCCUUCUACUUCAAAGACUUCGUGGCGGCCAAUGCGCUCACCCCCUUCGUCUUCUGGCUGCUCUACUGCUUCCCGGUGUGCCUGCAGUUCUUCACCCUCACGCUCAUGAACUUGUACUUCACGCAGGUGAUUUUCAAAGCCAAGUCAAAAUACUCUCCAGAAUUACUCAAGUACCGGCUGCCCCUCUACCUGGCCUCACUCUUCAUCAGUCUGGUUUUCCUGCUGGUGAAUUUAACCUGUGCAGUAUUGGUGAAGACAGGGACUUGGGAGAGGAAAGUUAUUGUCUCCGUGCGAGUGGCCAUUAAUGACACGCUCUUCGUGCUGUGCGCCGUCUCUCUGUCCAUCUGUCUGUACAAAAUCUCUAAGAUGUCCUUAGCCAACAUCUACUUGGAGUCUAAGGGAUCCUCCGUGUGUCAAGUGACUGCCAUCGGUGUGACUGUCAUCCUGCUUUACACCUCUCGAGCCUGCUACAACCUGUUCAUCUUAUCGUUUUCUCAGAGCAAGCUUGUCCAUUCUUUCGAUUACGACUGGUACAAUGUGUCCGACCAGGCAGAUUUGAAGAACCAGUUGGGAGAUGCUGGAUAUGUAGUGUUUGGAGUGGUCCUUUUUGUGUGGGAACUCUUGCCUACCACCUUAGUAGUUUACUUCUUCCGAGUAAGAAAUCCUACAAAAGACCUGACCAACCCUGCAAUGGUCCCCAGCCAUGGAUUCAGUCCUAGAUCUUACUUCUUUGACAACCCUCGAAGAUAUGACAGUGAUGAUGACCUUGCAUGGAACAUUGCUCCUCAGGGACUUCAAGGAAGUUUUGCUCCAGACUACUAUGAUUGGGGACAACAAACUAACAGCUUCCUGGCACAAGUAGGAACUUUACAACCAGACUCAAUUUUGGAUCCUGACAAGCCAAGCCAUGAAUAGGAUCAGUUAACAGUUUUAUGGAAGACUUCUCAGCUAUAAAGCUUCAGAAAGAUGAACUUAAGGACAGCUGAAUUCUUAGGACACUUUUCCUUAAGAUAUAGGACUCUAUUUUUACUUGUUACAGGUUUCUAAUGACUCCAUAGGACUAAGCAAUAAUAUAGAUUGAUAAAACCUUAUUUUAGUAUACUAAAAGUGAGCCUGGCUGCCUACAUCAGCAGGUGUAAUUUAAACUUAAAUCUGUACUUUUAUAAAAAUGUCUUUUAUAUAACUUAAAUAAUAAUGCUAAACUAGGGGUUUUUGAGAAUGUUAUUGCAAUGUAUGUUGUAGUUUGCACACUUUUAUGCAUAAUUCACUUUAAAGGUAUAUAGUAUAUGGUCUGAGAGUU